UCUGAGCAAUCCGGAUGUGAGGUGCGCACGUGUUUUUUCUAUGGUUCUCCGUCUCCAUUUGAGCGGUAUCUCUGGACGCAGCAACAUUUAACUCGGAAUAAUUUGCGAAGGACAAACCAGGGCUUGGUGCAAUGCAGGAAUGCUGCGUGUGUUCGUCUGGGUCACCAAAGUAUCGCUGCCCUGGUUGCAGGGAUAGAUACUGUUCCGUUUCCUGUUGCAAGACACACAAAGAACAAUGCAUUGGUAAAGCAACUGAAGGAGUCACAGAUGUCUCUUCUUCACCUCCGGUAAGAAGAGCAGAAUCAUUAAAAUACAAAGGUCAUUUGCUUGAUGAGGAUGACGAGUCUGACAGAAUUUCUGAGGACAGAUUGAAGCUUUUAGGGGAAUCGGAAGAACUGAAGUAUUUACUAUUAAAUCCACACCUCAGGAAGCUUCUCGUUAACCUUGAUCACGCUGCGAAAAAAGAAGUGACAGUGAAGGAAUGUAUGCAAGAGCCGCUGUUUGUAGAGUUUGCUGAUAGAUGUCUGAGCAUUAUAGAACCAGACGAGAAGGAAAACAGAUCUCCAGAAUUAGAUCAAUAAGAGCCUUUUCUUAUAUAGACAAUAGACAAUCCCACUGGCUUUUAGAUGUAAUGGACAUAUUUUCUUCAAACAAUAAAUAUAUAUUCUUCUUUGGAAUCAAGCUUA